CUCUCCUGGCGGCUGGUGGCGGAAGCCUUGCAGUCGCGGAGGGUAGCGGUGUGUGCCGUGUGGCGCUCGCUAGAGCUACGGGUUAAGAAAAGUAACCAUGGAGAACAAUGAAAACUCAGUGGAUUCAAAAUCCAUUAAAAAUGUUGAACCGUGAGUAUUUAAGUGGAAUCCUACACAAUCAGAGAAAAAUGGAAAGCUCAUACAUGGAAGCAAAUCAAUGGACUCUGGAAUAUCCUUGGACAAUCGUUACAAAAUGGAUUAUCCUGAAAUGGGUUUAUGUUUAAUCAUUAAUAAUAAGAACUUUCAUAAAAGCACUGGGAUGGCCUCUCGGUCUGGUACAGAUGUAGAUGCAGCAAACCUCAGAGAAAUAUUCAUGAACUUGAAAUAUGAAGUCAGGAAUAAAAAUGACCUUACACGUGAAGAAAUUGUGGAGUUAAUGCACAAUGUUUCUAAAGAAGAUCAUAGCAAAAGGAGCAGCUUUAUUUGUGUAAUUCUAAGCCAUGGUGAUGAAGGAAUAAUAUUUGGAACAAAUGGACCUGUUGACCUGAAAAAAUUAACAAGUUUCUUCAGAGGAGAUUAUUGUAGAAGUCUAACUGGAAAACCCAAACUUUUCAUUAUUCAGGCCUGCCGGGGUACAGAACUAGACUGUGGCAUUGAGACAGACAGUGGCAUUGAUGAUGACAUGGCAUGCCACAAAAUACCAGUAGAGGCCGACUUCUUAUAUGCAUAUUCUACAGCACCAGGUUACUAUUCCUGGCGAAAUUCCAAGGAUGGAUCCUGGUUCAUCCAGUCACUGUGUGCUCUGCUGAAACAAUACGCUCAUAAGCUUGAGUUUAUGCAUAUUCUCACUCGGGUAAACCGGAAGGUAGCAACAGAAUUUGAGUCCUUUUCUCUUGACUCCUCUUUUCAUGCAAAGAAACAGAUUCCAUGUAUUGUGUCCAUGCUCACAAAAGAACUGUAUUUUUAUUCCUAAAGAAAUAGUUGAUUUUGUUAGUUUGUAUGCCAAGUGAGACAACAAUAUAAAUAAUACUUUGUUUCCUCUCCCACUUAAAUUUUAUCUAAAGAUGGUACUUUGAAACAUACCACUUCUGCAGUAGAACCACAAUGAAGCUACCUCAAAAUUAGGUAGUUGGACUUGAAUUUAAUUAGGAAUAAAUAAAUAUGAAUAAUGGUGCAAUUAUUAUGAGAGGAAAUUAUUGUAAAUUUAU